UUCUCCAACUUUCAGACGGGGGAACGGUGGAACAGAGGAAUGAUUCAGUUGAAUUGCCCCUCCAUGACACAGAUUCUCACACCACUAAUCCCAAGGUUCUAUCAUGUCUCCCCUUGUACGAGAAAAUCAUUGGCAUGCCCCUGUUUGUGCAACCCUUAUCCAGCUUCAUGGAGGACAUACUCAUCAAUAGACAAAAGUGGGAUAACCAAUAUCAAUUGUCAGAUUAAAUGCCGAAGGUUGGACUGGUUGCUGACUACAAGCACAUUAGGAUAUCUCAAUGCUGCACCAAGUAGAUUUCAUCUUAGUAGUAUUUCUCAGGGUUCACUAGAAAGACAAACAGAAGCUGCAUUGUCAUAUGUCACUAGUAGAUUGAUGCCACUAGUUUCCACAAAUAUGAAGACAACUGCACUCCACAAACUUGUCUUCCAUACAGUUCAAGCGCUUGGUGCACAGAGUUCUCCUUUUGCGUGUAUGUCUAAUAACUUGAACAAACCAACACCGCUUGGGUUGGAUGUGGUCUUUCCUUCACUGAAAGAUAUCAAAUGGAGUUUUGCAAGGCUAAUAUAUUUGUUCAACAUACAACUUGAGAAAAAUGUUGCCAUGUUUUUUGUUGUUCUUCUUGCCUCAUGCUUCUUAUUUGUUCUGAUUGGCGGUUUCCUCUUUUUUAAGUUCAGGAACAAUGCACAUUCUCUUGAGGAUUGCUUUUGGGAAGCUUGGGCAUGCCUGUGUUCAUCAUCUACUCAUCUGAAGCAAAGAACAAGGAUUGAACGUGUGAUUGGCUUUGUGCUUGCUGUAUGGGGCAUUUUGUUCUAUUCUCGCCUUCUAAGCACAAUGACGGAACAGUUCAGGGAUAACAUGCAAAAACUUAGGGAGGGAGCACAGAUGCAAGUUUUGGAAACCGAUCAUAUUGUUGUCUGUGGAGUUAAUAGUCGUUUGGCAUUCAUCUUAAAACAGCUAAAUAAUUAUCACGAAUUUGCUGUUCGAUUAGGUACUGCUACAGCUAGACGACAGCGAAUCCUUCUUUUAUCUGAUCUUCCUAGAAGGCAGAUGGACAAAAUGGCUGAGAGCAUGGCAAAAGAUCUCAAUCAUAUUGAUAUUCUUACAAAAAGUUGCAGUCUAAGUUUGACAAGAUCAUUUGAAAGAGCCGCAGCAAAUAAUGCACGUGCAAUUGUUAUAUUGCCAACAAAAGGAGAUCGGUACGAAAUUGAUACUGAUGCAUUUCUGUCAGUACUUGCCCUCCAACCCCUUCCAGAGAUGGCCUCUGUGCCCACAAUAGUUGAGGUUUCAAGUUCCAAUACUUGUGAACUUUUAAAAUCUAUUUCAGGAUUGAAAGUACACCCUGUACAAAAUGUUACGUCCAAGUUAUUUGUUCAGUGCUCUAGGCAGAAGGGACUCAUAAAAAUAUACAGACAUUUGCUUAACUAUCGAAAAAAUGUAUUUAAUCUCUGCAGUUUCCCUGAUCUGGCUGGAUUAAGAUAUAAGCAAUUGAGACGCGGUUUUCAAGGGGUGGUUGUCUGUGGUCUCUAUCGAGAAGGGAAGAUAAAUUUUCACCCAAAUGAUGACGAAGUAUUACAACACAGGGAUAAAGUUCUGUUUAUUGCACACUUACAACGGAAAAAGCUUCCACCACUUGAUUAUUCUGGUGGUAUAGAAGAGUGCGAAUAUGUUAAGGAUGACACUGAAAAUGCAAAAGAUGGUAGAUUUUUAAAUCAUAUUCAGGACAUUACAAAAGCACGCCUUGAGAACAUUGUGAAACGAACAAGAUUUGGAUCUAAGACAUCAGAUUGGUCUGUGGGACCAAAAGAGUGUAUACUAGUGCUAGGGUGGCGCCCAGAUGUUGUGGAAAUGAUUGAAGAAUAUGACAAUUAUCUAGGACCUGGCAGUGUUUUGGAAGUUUUGUCAUAUGUUCCAUUAGAUGACAGGAAUAAUGCUAGCAGACUUGCUGGUCAAGGGAAGCUAAGGAACGUGAGAGUUUCUCACAGGACUGGAAAUCCAAUGGAUUAUGACACUUUGAAGGACACAAUUGUAAACAUUCAGAAAUAUUUAAAGAAAGAUGAAGACAUUACAUUCUCCAUUGUUGUGAUACCUGAUCGAGAAUGGCUCCUUGGAGAUCCAUCAAAGGCAGACAAGCAAUCUGCAUACUCUCUUCUUCUUGCUGAAAACAUAUGUAAUAAACAUGGGGUGAAGGUUCAAAACCUGGUUGCAGAAAUUGUUGAUUCCAAGUUUGGGAAACAGAUUACAAGGAUCCGACCUUCAUUAACUUACAUUGCAGCUGAGGAAGUAAUGAGCCUCGUAACAGCUCAAGUUGCAGAAAAUUGUGAAUUGAAUGAAGUCUGGAAAAACAUUUUGGAUUCUGAGGGGGAUGAAAUAUAUGUUAAGGAUAUCAGUCUCUACAUGAAGGAAGGGGAGAAUCCAUCCUUUGCUGAGCUUGCUGAAAGAGCGUAUUUGCGAAGAGAAGUUGCCAUCGGAUAUGUCAAGAGCAACAAAAAUGUUCUCAAUCCGAUUCUCAAGUCUGAGCCCAUUUGUCUUCAACCUGGUGACUCGCUCAUUGUAAUCUCAGAGCUUGAAGGAGAACAACCUGUGGUCAUUGAACCAGAGCCUUAAAGUUUUGAGCUUUUACAUGCAUUGAUGCUCUCUCAAUUCGUAAAUUGUUCAUGCUCUCUUGAUUUCUUCCCGCACCUUCAUUUGGUGAGGGUUUUUUUCCCUUUGUUACAGACUAAUUCUUAGCUGAGCUAGCAUCCAAAACAAAAUGGUAUGUGAUCAAGUGAGAGGUUACAGAGUAUUGCUACAGAGUAUUACAGACUAAUUCUCACAAGUUUUGAUGAUCAAGUUAUAUAGUUCUUGUGCAUGAUGAAUCUAUGUUCAGACAUCAUGAUAGAAACAUUAAAAAUAAUACUUUUAAACUAUA